CAGCUACUGGAAGUCCCUUGCCCCUGACCGGUCAGAUGAUGAGCACGACCCUCUCAACAACACCUCCAGACCCCGAUACUCCCACAGCUAUCUGAGUGACAGCGACACAGAGGCCAAGCUGACGGAGACUAACAAAUAGCCCAGGGGAGUAGUUCGCAGCCCUUUCACCCCACGGCCUGUGGCUGCCUGGGCACCACUCCCAGGAAGUGGUGGGGCACCGGUCUCCCCCGCCCGACUGCGGAUCUGCAUGGGAAACACCCUGACCUCCUUCUGUCAGGGGGACUUUCCAGGCUAUGGGUGUCUGAUGUCUCCACAUGGAAGAGGUGGGGGAAAGAGGAGUUUCUGAAGAGAACUUUUUGCUCCUCUCUGCCUCAAAAUGCCAGAUUCUUGGCUUCUACCCUGGGCCACCGUGGACAAUGGCAGGUGGCCUGGCACUGCAUGGCGCCAGCACAUUGACCUCCCUCUCAGCUCCCUGCUCAGGGACGGUGGACAGGUUGCCUACUGGGACAUUCUAGGUUGCUGGGUCCAUGGGGAGGAUUGGGGGAGGAGCAGCAAUGCCUUCCCUCUCGUGUGGGGUGGGGGCUCUCUUCUUGGUGCCUGCUGUCUUUCUACUUUUUAAUUUAAAUACCCAACCUCUCCAUCACAGCUCCAUCCCUGAGAGUGGGAGGGGGCUGCAGGGGUAGCUGGGGCUCCCAAGAAUGACUCGGGAAUGUCAUCUCCAUCUUCACCCUUGAGAGAGCAGUCCUUUCUCUGUGCAGCUGGAGACACUGGUGAGCAGAGCCGGGUCCAGGUUCUUAAGAAUGAGGUCAGGAGGGGCUCUCCGGUACUGCUGGGCUGGGUUGAGCAAGCCUAUACAGACAAGUGUGCGUGUGGACCAUCCACACCUUCGGCCCCCACCCCACCCUCUUUGUCUCAGCGUGUUAUGUGCAAUGACCUAUUUAAGAUAAACCCAUUCCAACUACAGCAGUUCAGGGCGGAUCCAAGCACUGCCUCCCUCCCGCUCUGUCCAGGUAGCCUGGACCAUAAACUCAACUUGAGAGGGAAGACUUGGGGUUGAGGGCUUGUCAUCAGAAAAACUGAAGAUGGAAGUUGUGGCCAUUAGACAUGAGUCCUCACUCUGUGUCCUGAGCCCAUGUCAUUCUUCUUCUUCCAACCUCCCUGCCCCCACAUACUUACCCCAGACACAACACCAUGUGGUCUGGAGGUCCCAGCCCCCACCCUAAAAAGGUUAUCCCUAACAACUCCACCAGACUUGGGAGCCCAAGGGCAGUGCCUGGUGCUGCUCCCAUCUGCCACCCCUCUUCUCUCCUGCAAUUGGUUUGUACUCACUGGGCUGUGCUCUCCCCUGUUUACCCGAUGUAUGAAAUAAAGGCCCUUUUCCUCCUGGC